AUGAAUCUAUCUAUCUAUCUAUCUAUCUAUCUAUCUAUCUAUCGUAUAUUGUUAUAUCUAUCUAUCUAUCUAUCUAUCUAUCUAUCUAUCUAUCUAUCUAUCGCAGUUUUUACAUCUCGUUCCAGUCAUUGUAGUCUUGUUAUAUCUAUCUAUCUAUCUAUCUAUCUAUCUAUCUAUCUAUCUAUCUAUCUAUCGUAUGGCGACAACCGGUUUGUUUUGGAAUUUUUGAUAUUUUCGCAUUCGCUCCAUCUUUUUUUCUUCUUUUUUUCUUUUUUUUUCUUUUUUUUCUUUUUUCAUUUUUUUCUUUUUUUUUCUUUUUUUCUUUUUUUCUUUUUUCUUUUUUCUUUUUUUUUCUUUUUUCUUCUUUUUUUUUUUCUUCAAUUUUUUCUGCUGAUAAAAUAUUUUUACUUUUCCUUUAAAUUAAUCCGUUUUUCUUUCUUUCCUUUUCUGUCUUUCUUUCACUUUGUCAUUCUUUCUUUCUUUCUCUCUCUUUCUUUUUCUCUUUAUCUCUUUCUUUCUUCUCUCUUUCUUUUUCUCUUUCUUUCUCUCUGUCUUUCUUCUCUCUCUUUUUUAUUUCUCUCUCUCCUUCUUUCUUUCUUUCUUUCUUUCUCUUUUUCUUUCUUUAUUAUGUGUAUCUUUUUGGUUCUUAUUUUUCUAAUUCUUUUCAUUCUUAAUUCAUUUUCGUCUCUCUGUCCAUUAAUUUUCCUUAUUCUUUCUUCCUUCCUUCCUUCCUUCCUUCCUUCCUUCCUUCCUUCCUUCCUUCGUCCUGUUAUUUGCAUGCCUCCUCAUCGCUUUUAUUCUCCCUUCUGA